AUGGCGGAUGCACCCGUGCCGGUGCGUGAAGACUCGCACGAAAUCCGGAUUCUUGUAGCGCUGGCCGUGAGUGGCAAUGAAAGGCGAUUAGGGAAGGACAGCGGAGCGAAGGGAAGGGAAGGGACGGGACGGGACGGAGCGAGGCGGGACGUUAGGAAUGGCGGCGACGCGCUGUCAGAAACGUCCAGCCUCGAGUCAGCACGGGGAUCGAGGCAGGGGGACCCGCUCGGCCCUUUUCUUUCCGCGUUCACGCAGCAGCAGGUGAUGGAGCCAGUUACUAGGGAGUUCAAGGACCUGCUUUUCCUCAGCUAUGCAGACGAUACCUAUAUUUUGGGGCCAGCGGCUAGGAUUCUGGAGGCUUUUGGGGUGCUGCGGGGACGGUUCGAGUGGGUAGGGCUGGAGGUGCAGGCGCAGAAGUGCCGGUUUUGGGAGUGCGAGGGCAAGGAGGUGGAGCGGGCACUGCCAUUGGGGAUGCAGCGGGUGGAUGAGGGUCUUACUGUGGUGGGCGUGCCUAUUGGAGAGGAGGUUUGGGAGGUGGUCCGGCUACGGGAGCGGCUUCGACAGUUGCAGGCGCCACUGCCAUGGCUCCCCUUGCUCGACCACCCCCAGAUGGCUUCACACCUCCUCGCCAUUGCAAUUUCAGCGCGGCCGAUGUACCUCGCCCGGACUAUGCCGUCGCGUCCAGAGGUGGUUGAGGCUUUUAGGGAUUGGGACAGCUGUUUAGAGGAUUGCUUUGAGCAGCUUUUCCCACCUGGCACUUGGGAGCAGGACCCCGACCGGUCUAGGCGCGCACGCAUGCAGCUGCAUCUCCCUGUGCGUCUCGGUGGGUUCGGGAUCCGGGCGGCGGCCUCUUUGAGCCCACUGUCCUAUGUUUGCGGGUGGGCGCAGGCCGCGCGGGACAUUGCACAGUUAGGGGUGGCGGGUGAGGAGGCGAUGUUUGCUGAGUACCUCACCACUUCGACAGGGGCAGAGUUUCUUGACCCGUGGUUUGUCAAGGCUCUCGAGCAGCUGCCAGCGACUAUCCGCCACGAGAUACCGGGCUUACCUCUGUGUGUAGCGGCCCCUCUUGUUCGGCUUUUCCAGGCGCGUCAGCGGCAGUUAGCUGUAGAGGAGCUCCAGGCACUACGCCGCUUGGCUCGUGACGAUGCUACCUUGGCCCGUUUCACAUCCCUUCAGGGCCCGGGGGCAGGUGCAUGGGUUUCGGCGGUUCCGGCUCACUCAGAUCUCACAUUCACUGCGGCUGAGUGGGGCAUUGCUGCUGCUAUACGGCUCGGCCUCCCAAUUCAGCAGCUGCAGGUGGCGGAGAGGUGUGUUUCUGGCAUAGCGUAUGUUGACCCAGCAGACCCGCACCAUGCCCUGAGAUGCAGGCACCAGCAUGGUCCUUCUCGGGUGCAUGAUGAGGUGAAGUUUGCGGUGGCGAAGAUCUCUAAGGCGUCGGGGGGGGGGGGGCGGGUGACAAUGGAGGAUAGUGUGGUGCUGCUGGGGAAGCGGGUAGAUGUGGCGGUGCGACGACCAAUGGCUGUCGAGGCUCACACCCUAGAGAUCACCAUCUCAGGGCAUGAUGCAGGUCUGCUGGGUCAACAUACGGGGUGCCACAAACACACCUUCCCGCCACCAGCAGCUGCUGAAUUGGGAGCCCGAGCCGUAUAG